UCUUUUGGAGAUUGGUUUCGUCCCAUGUGCUAGUGAACCAUGCAUUUAUACAACCAAAAUCAAAGGGUAUUUAAAUAUUAUUGUUGUGUAUGUUGACGAUUUUUUACUUGCAUGUACCAGAGAAGAAGAUGUGGCCCAUAUUAAGCAGCUCAUAUCAAACAAAUUCGAUGUGGUCGAUGGUGGGGAGCUGCACUACUUUUUGGGAAUGGAGAUUGAGCGAGAUGGCAAGACUGGUAGUCUCUCCAUAGGCCAUAGGCAGUACAUUGAAGAUCUGCUGAAGGAUUACGGCAUGCAAGACUGCAAGCCAAGCGCGACUCCGUUGGAAAUUGGUUUUCAGGCGAGGUGGGAUGAUGUUGACUGCGGCCAGGUGGAUAAAACACGAUAUCAAUCGCUCAUUACUUCGUUAUUGUAUUUGGCGUURACUACACGGCCAGAUAUAAUACACUCUGUGGCUAAGCUGGCGCAGAGAAAUGCAGAUCCGCACAAGGAGCAUGAAGUUGCAGCAAAGCGGGUAUUGAGAUAUCUAAAGGGUACCUCUGAUUUGAGACUACACUAUAACAAAACGGGUGUGCCUAUACACUGUUUUGUUGAUUUCAUAUUUCGGCUGCCUGCGCUGCAGCGUAUAUGCUUAUGUAGUUUUAGUCUCUAAUAAACCUCUGAAUCGAAUAAU